AUGUCUGACAACGAGCAAAACCAGAGCAAUGUUGAACCGAAGGCUGAGGACGCCAAUGCCACCAUCAACAUCAAGGUGGUGAGCUCAACUGGGGAUGAAGUUUUCUUCAAAAUCAAGAGAAGUACGAAGCUCAGCAAGCUGCAAGGGGCGUACGCGAGCAAAGUCGGGAAAGACGUUGGGAGCAUUCGAUUUUUGUAUGAUGGAACACGGAUAAGCGACGAUGACACCCCACAAUCGCUCGACAUGGACGACAACGACACUAUUGAUGUCAUGGUAGAACAGGUUGGAGGCUACCUUCAUGUUCCUCAUUAG